CAACAAAACAGAAAGCCCCUUUAUAUUUUCAAUCUAACUCUCUCUCACCUCUUGCGGGACAAAAAAAAAAGAAAGAACUAAGGCCUUUAAUUGAACUCACAAAGAUCAAUUAAACACAACCUUUUUUCUGCUCUCUAUCUCUUUUUCAUCCCAUAUGUUGCUUCCCUAAAGAAUGUAAAGCAACAUCUGAGGAUUCAUUGAAAACCAGACAUAAACUUACAACUAAACAAAAACAAAAACAUAUUAUAUUUGUUUGUGUGUGUCUUAAUGAUGAAAUAGAAGAUUGAGAGUAAGAAAUAGGUUGAUAUACCCGCAAUGGAGAUAGAGAGAAUGAGGCAGUUGAUGUUCCUUUGGUCUAAUUUGAAGAGCAGCCGCGUUUCUCUCACCGGUGGGAAUCACACAGCCGCUAGGUUCUGCAACCGCUAGUCUCGCCUUUCUCUAACCCUCUCUUCUCUCUUCUCUUCCUUUUUCUUUUACCUGUUUUUCUAUUCUUAUAAAUUCCUUUUUAGCUUUCUUCUUCUCAUCUCUUUUUCCUAUUAGCUAUCAACUUCACUUUUGGGCACGCUCCCCUUUGUCUCUCAGCUUUUAAGAACAAAAAUGGUGUUUGUUACUGUCCAAAACUUUCACUCCAUGUGUCAAAAGCAUUUGCACUACCUCUUGAAAAAGAAAGACGGUUCGAGCCACUCUUUUGGCUCGGCUGAUUCUUCCCCCAAGGCUAAUCGUUCUGAAGUCUUGAGUCUUUUUAUGAGAUCAACCCUUUUGGUUUUGCUGUUUCUGUCAUUUACUUGGUUGAAUCUGCUUAAGCAUGAAACUGACGCAACCGCUGCAUCUAAGUCGGUUGAAUCUGAUUAUCAUCAUAAGCUAUUGCCUUUGCUUCUUAAUGACUUAGAGAAGGAAGGUCUCUUUAAACAUGGAGACAAAGCACUCCUCCUAAGCGAAGGAGAUGGUGAGUUCACUGGCACUUCAUACUCUCAAACAAUUAUCGAAACCACCGAGGUGCGUUUUGUAUCUGCAAACGAUGAGGAGACGCAGCGCAUGGUCCCAAGCGAGACCUUUGAUCUUGCCUUUGCACAUUCUCGUCACAUCGACUCUGUUGAGUUUCUAGACCGGACUCUCAAAGUUGGCGGUAUCCUCACCGUCCAACUCAACCAUCAUGAUCUUCCUCCAAGUUUCUUGAAACGUUUAAACUACGAAAUAGUCUACUUGAGGAGCAAUGACUACACGGUAAUGGCCAUGAGGAAAACAGAGGAAACAGAGCAAAAACAGAGCAUAGGCGCCGCCACUGGUAGAAAGCUCCUCAGUAUCAAAGAAAAAGAGGCGAAGAAGAAAGCUUUGAGUAAGCUAGAGGAUGUUCUCCUUGAACCACCAAGAGCAGCUUCAAGAAAAUCAAGAACCUACCUGAAACGUACAAGGUACCUCCCUGACCUUAUGGGGGAUAGUUUGGACCUCGAGAGCUACUCGAGGCGGGUGUUCAUCGAUGUGGGUGAUGGAAAAGGAAGCAGCGGAACAGAAUGGUUUGUUAAAAACUACCCAACGAGGAAGCUGAAGUUUGAGAUGUACAAGGUUGAGACAGUAAACGAUGAGAUGAGCAUAGAGUCUGAGAAUAUGGGGAUCACGGAGUGGCUGAAGGAGAAUGCGAAGGAGGAGGAAUACGUGGUAAUGAAGGCAGAGGCCGAAGUGGUGGAGGAGAUGAUGAGGACCAAGUCGAUUAAAAUGGUGGAUGAGCUUUUCUUGGAGUGCAAGCCAAAGGGUUUAUGGCUAAAGGGAAGGAAGAUGCAGAGUAAGAGCGGUAGGGCUUACUGGGAGUGUUUGGCUCUAUAUGGCAAACUUAGAGAUGAAGGUGUUGCUGUGCAUCAAUGGUGGGGUUGAAGUUAAAGGACAGGGAGAUUCAUAAACAAGUCUCUUAUUCUGUUAUAUUUAUGUUUUAUUUAUUCUGAUGUCGAAUUUCUUUUUCUUUUGUUAAAUCUUGUGAUCAUCAAUGUAUUGUUGUGAUUAAAGUAUUUUGUGAUGUUGUAUGUGUUGAGAUAUAAUGAGCUUAAUUAAAAUUCA